AAUACGUGGUACUAGUAUACAAUACGUAACUUAUUGAUUCCUCCAUUGCUAUAAUACUCGCGAAAACACAAUUGUUUCAAAAUCAUAAAAACCCUACAAAAAAAUUCUUCUUUAACUCCAAAUAACUUAACAAACAAUGAAAAUGGGUGGGGAAAAUAACAAUAUAAUCAAUGAAACCUUCUUCAUAACCCAUGGAAACCCGAUUUUGACCGUAGAAGACACACAUCCCUUAAGGCCAUUCUUUGAAACUUGGACUAAAAAAAUAUUUUCGAAGAAGCCGAAGGCGAUACUUGUGAUCUCCGGUCACUGGGAAACUGAUCAUCCUGCUGUUAAUGCUGUUCAUCUUAAUGAUACUAUCUACGAUUUUGAUGACUAUCCUCAAGCAAUGUACAAGUUGAAGUAUCCAGCACCAGGGUCACCAGACUUGGCUAGCAGAAUAGAAGAAAUUCUGAAAAAGUCCGGGUUCGACACGGUGCACAUUGACAAAAAACGUGGGCUUGAUCAUGGUGCAUGGGUGCCUCUUAUGUACAUGUAUCCGGAGGCUGACAUUCCGGUGUGUCAGCUCUCCGUGCAGCCGAAAAUGGACGGAACGUACCACUACAACUUGGGACGGGCGUUGGCUCCGCUGAAAGACGAAGGUGUACUCAUUAUUGGUUCCGGAAGUGCAACACACCCAUUGGACGAAACCCCUCAUUAUCAUGGUGGUGUUGCUCCUUGGGCUGCUGACUUUGACUCAUGGCUUGACCUAGCUCUCACUAAAGGAAGGUUUGAAGAAGUGAAUACAUAUGAAACCAAAGCACCAAACUGGGAAUUGGCACAUCCAUUCCCGGAGCAUUUUUAUCCAUUGCACGUCGUCGUUGGGGCGGCUGGUGAAAAGUGGAAGGCUGAGCUUAUUCAUACUAGUUGGGACCAUGGUACCUUAUGUCAUGCCUCCUACAAGUUUACUUCCACCUAAAUUAUUUCGUCUCGUAAUUUAACAUACACACGUAUUAUUGUUGUGAUUGUCGUAUUGGGUCAUGCUUUUAGUUCAUGUGUGUCUUAUUAUUAUUUUCAUUAUUAUCUUUGAUGAUUGCUUUGGUUAAAUUAUAAAGUUCAUCAAAUAAAAAGUAUGUAAAACCAGUGAAUAAGUGCUGGAAAUCAUUGUUAUCAUACUGUGUUAUCUUAAGUUUGCAUAUGAAUACAAAUUUGCUCUAUAAAAUUAAAAUUCUGUUGUAA